AUGAUAGAAGAAUCAUCUAAUAAUGAUAGCCUGAUAGCUACAUUUUGUGAAAUAACAGGAUGUAAUGCUACAAAAUCAUCUGAAAUAUUGGAAUCAACAAAUUGGAAUUUAGAAAAUGCUCUCAUAUUAUAUUAUGAAGAAAAUAAUAAUGAAAUAAAUGAAAUAACAAAUGAUAAUACAGAACAAAAAGUAGAAAUAAGUAAUAAUCACGAAAUAAAUAGACAACAUAAAUCAAUAUAUGAAAAUUUACUUAAAUAUAUCAAUAUAACUAUUAAUUUCUUUAUAAAUACUAUUUAUGGGGUGUCUUCAUUUAUAACAUCAAUAUUUACUAUUCAUAAUGAACAAUCAAUAUCUAGACAAAUAAAUAUGAGAAUAUCUCCUGAAACAAGUAUUACUAAUGCUCAAUUUGAGGCAGAUCGUAAAUUACGACAGGAACAAGAUCAGGAAUAUCUUGAUUCUCUUUAUAAAGAUUCUUUAAAAAAAGAAAAACUUUUAAUGAAACAAAGAACACAACAACUUAUUAUUGAUAGACGUAAAGAAUUAAAGGAAUAUUUUAAUAAUGAAAAGGAACACAUAAAUGAACCUAUUUCUACAGUAUGUAUUAGAUUGCCAGAUGGGAGUAAAUUUCAAAGAAUUUUUUGUAUAAAUGAUCCUGUAUUUAAGAUAUAUGAAUGGGUAGAAUCACUUGGAGCAGAUGAAACUAAAUUAAUACCAAAUAAUUUCUCUUUAAGGAUGUCUCGUUCAACAAGUAUUGAAAUAGAUAGAACAUAUAAUAAUAAGGAUACAACAUUAAAAGAAUUAGGAUUAUAUCCUAAUGUUGUAUUAUUAUUACAUCUUCAGAAUGAUGAAGAUGAUGAAUAA